AUCUAUAGUAUGAAAAAUAAUAUUCUCGUCUUCCUAUUACGCUCGCCGCUUGGCCACUUUUGUAAAUUUCGGAUAAGAUAUUAAGAUGUUUACCCGGUUUAUUAUUUAGACUUGUUAAUUAUUUUAAUUUAGAAAUUAGAAUAUAUUUUCGUUUUUAAUUUCCUAUUGGAAUAUUUUCAACGAUGUCAACAAUACUAGAAAGAAUUUCGGCCAUCGAAGCCGAAGUAAGUACAUUUUUAAUAUGUCAAACAUUUGUUAGGUACCAAAUUAAUAAUAUUUUAAUGUAGAUGGCCAGAACUCAGAAGAACAAAGCAACAGCUGGUCAUUUAGGGUUGCUUAAAGCUCGUAUUGCAAAACUUCGACGAGAACUUAUCACCCCCAAAGGAGGUGGUGGUGGUACAGGAGAAGGUUUUGAUGUAGCCAAAACUGGAGACGCCAGAAUUGGUUUUGUAGGUAAGAUUAAUUAAUGUUAUUUACUACGAUUUAUAUUUUAUAAUGUUUGUUUCCCCCAGGUUUUCCCUCUGUUGGUAAAUCAACAUUAUUAAGUAAUUUAGCUGGUGUUUAUUCAGAAGUUGCUGCUUAUGAGUUUACGACAUUAACCACUGUUCCUGGAUGUAUUAAAUACAAAGGAGCAAAAAUUCAAGUAAUUAAUUCAUGUUAAUAAUUAAUAAUAUAGAUUUUAAAUAAAUAAAUAGAAUAUUAAAUGUGAAUGCACUUGCAUAUUGUUUAAUAAUUAUAGAACAUUUUUUAGAUAAUUAUUAAGUAAAAACCAAAACCAUUUUUAUUAUUAUUUAUUGUAUUAUACUUAUGUAUAGCUUCUAGAUUUACCUGGUAUUAUUGAGGGAGCUAAGGAUGGUAAAGGUCGUGGACGUCAAGUUAUUGCUGUAGCUCGAACAUGUUCAUUAAUAUUCAUUGUUUUGGAUGUUCUCAAACCAUUAAAACACAAAAAAUUAAUAGAACAUGAAUUGGAAGGAUUUGGUUUAAGGUUAAACAAAUCACCUCCAAAUAUAGUAUAUCGACGAAAAGAUAAGGGUGGAAUAAAUUUACAAACUAUGGUUAUUAUAUAUAUUCCAUUAUAUUAUUAUAUUUUUUGGGGGGGGGAAAGACUAAGUAGCUAAUUUGCUAAUUUCUGGAAAAACAGCUGUUACAGAAAUUAUACUCGUCCGAUCGAAGUAAAACUCAGAACAGACCUUCAGAAUACAAACUUACAUACAUUUUUUAAGUUAAAAGUUUGUCAGCUCAAUAAUUUGCAACUUGAGUAGAUUAUACUGGUUUUUAGUUCAAUGACUAUAACUAAAAAUUAGUAUAAUUAACAUAAGUCACUAAUGAUUGGGUUGGUAAAAUUUAAACUCUGACAUUUUAUGGAUGUUGGUAUUCUGAAUAGUCUCUUCUGAGCUUCAUUUUGAUUGUAUACAUAUAGUUAUGUUACAGCUGUUUUGUUAGAAAUGGGUAAAUUAGACUUUCCCUAUUAUUUUUUAUUUUUUUUUAUACAUAUUUUGUGAACUUGUGUAAUAGGUGCAACAAAGUGAAUUGGAUUUAGACACUGUGAAAACCAUAUUAUCAGAAUACCGAAUUCAUAAUGCUGAUAUUACUCUUCGAUAUGAUGCCACAUCUGAUGAUCUUAUUGAUGUUGUUGAAGGAAACCGUAUAUAUUUACCUUGCAUUUAUAUAUUAAAUAAAAUUGGUUUGUAUAUUUUUUUUUUAAGUAUUAGUAUUUAUCAUAAAUAGUAUAUUCAAUAGUAUUAACUAAUACUAAUAAUUAUAAUACGCCUUUUUUUAAACUAUUUUGUACCUAUAUAAGUGUAAUCAUUUUUACUUUUUAGAUCAAAUAAGUAUAGAAGAAUUGGAUAUAAUUUACAAAAUACCACAUACAGUACCUAUAAGUGCUCAUCAUAAAUGGAAUUUUGAUGAUCUAUUGGAAAAAAUGUGGGAAUAUUUAAAAUUGGUUAGAAUGUAAGUAAUAUUAUAAUUUUCGGACUUCAUUUUUAUUAUUGUUGAGUUGCUUGUUUUGUACAAUUAGUAUUUGUUUAUUUUGUUGAGUUGAUUUUAUUUAUUUAAAAUUAUAUAAUGACAAAGUCAAUUUCUGUUAUAAGAACUGUUGUAAAACAAAAAAAAUGUAAAAAAUGUAGUUUUUGUGUAACACAAAUUAUCCAACUAUUUAAAAAUAUAUAUAUAUAUAUUUUAAAUAAAUCAACCCUAAGGUAGGUUUUGCAGUUUUCCUUAGAUUCUCCACUUAUCUCUAUCAUCCUAUUUUACCCAUAUUGUUUACUUAUAUAUUACAUUUAAAACAUUUUCUUUUUUCACAAGAUUUAUUUAGAAAUGAACAAUUAAUGACAAAUUUGAUGUAUUUUACAAAAUAGUUACACUAAACCUAAAGGACAACUACCGGACUAUGGAUCACCAAUUGUUUUACAUAAUGAAAGGAAAAGUAUUGAAGAUUUUUGUAACAAACUUCAUCGGACAAUUGCUAAAGAAUUUAAGUAGUAAGUACUUAAAUUUUUUUUUUUAUUUGAUGAUUGAUUAUAAUUAAAUACAAUAUGUGUUUAUUUAGUGCUCUAGUUUGGGGAUCAUCUGUUAAACAUAUGCCGCAAAAGGUUGGAAAAGAUCAUGUAUUAAAUGAUGAAGAUGUCGUGCAGAUUGUUAAAAAAAUAUAAUAAUAUGUCUAAUUCAAAGAUUACAUUUAACAAUAGUAAUACAUGUUAUUUUCUAAAAAACAUUUAUAUAUAUUAUCAAUUAUCACUAUCGCUAUGAUUGCUUCCUAGUUUUUCAGUUCUUGAAGUUGAUAGUUCUCCAUCGGAUGCCAUUAUGUUCGAAUCCUCUUCGUCGUCCAACAUUAAAUCAGAGUCUGUUUCACUGUCUGAUAAACGUCCAAACAUACUACGAUUUCUACUUGUUGCUGCACUACUAACUAUAAAGUAUAGAAGCAAACUUUUUAAAUGUUUCAGACUUUCACAAGAUUAAUUUUUUAAAGUUGCUCAAAUAUAUACAAAUAAACAU